AUGAAUCAUACAGUCACCUUCGAGAAUCCAUUUGACAAAACAACUCAAAUACCAUGGCUUUUCAUCGUUGCUCCUCCAGUAAUAGUAACAUGGGUAAUUUUCCUCACAUUUUAUCUUUCACGGGUUGUAGGACUAUUGUUUUCGUUUGUAUUAAACAGGUAUUUACGGUUCACUAAGACAGCUGGUCAUAUUAAGGUCGGAAGUAUAUCUUUGUCUGUAUUAGGUGGAAAGGUCAUGUUUAGAGAAUUAGUUUUCGCCAACGAUGAUUAUUCGAUUCGAAUAAAUGAUGGAUGGCUGAUAUUCUCAUAUUGGAAAAACGUACCGAAAACUUUUACAUUUCACGAUCCUACAUCACGACUACAUGUCUCAUUGAAUGGUUUACAAAUACACUGGUAUAAUAGAGUUCAUCAAUACAAAGAGAUAGCUAAACUUUUCCAUCUCGAACGUUUGUUCGGAGAUGAAGAAUGUAGGAGAAUUGUUCCAACGAAUACAGAAUUGGACUCUAGUAAAGCAUGGGAUCGUUUCUGGGCUUUAGUAGGUGUAAUCAAAAUGGAUAUUUGGUCCGGACGGGUAGUGAUCGGUAACAAAAGUCUUCCUUAUAUGUUUGUUUUUUCCUGGGAGAAUAUGACUAGCAAAGUGUUGUUGGAACCUUCUGCUGCCGACAAAGCACUGCUUAAGGUUUCAGGACAGAUGGAAAGUAUACGAGUAUCUUUACUGAAACAUCCUGAGUAUGCUGGCCUUCCCUAUAAAGAACCACCUAGAACUAUGGGAGAUGGUUUCGCUGUCAUGCAAAGUGCUAAUUUAAUGUUUUAUUAUCAUCAGGACAUAUUAGGGUAUGUGACUGAAGAACAACAGUCAGCUUCUCAAGAAGAUGCUCCUGUUUGGGAGUCUAUUUUUCGUUUUGGUUCGAACACUGUGAUGGGCUAUGGUCCCUGGGUAGAACAACAACGAGCUUUGAUUUACAGCUUUUUCUUCCCUCCCGAUUAUCAAACUGCUGCUGUGUCGGCAUUACCAACCAGGGGAAGUCGUAGAAUUAAUAUAAUACAUGAUUGUCGAAUAUCUUUCCUCAAAGAAACGGCUAUCGAUGUUUGGUUCAUGAGGGGAGAACAGCUGGAAAGUGUACAUACACGCUGCCAACCCGGAAGUUCCGCUGAUAUAUCAAUAUGGUGGAUUACUCUUGAAGAUGGGUACAGCUGGUCUUGUGAAAUUAAUCUUCUGACAGUUGCAAGCACAACUUCUCUUGUAUAUAGAAAGCUCUUUGAAUGUGAGACGCUGAGCGUCGUAGGAAACUUCCAUUAUCCUAGGGUUUAUAAUGGAAAACAAACGUGGAAGUUCAAUUAUAAUAUUUCAAAAGCUACAGCUUGGUUUGUGUGGGAUCACAAACGGUUUUUCUCUGAUUUAAUAAAUGAAUGGAUAGGAGAUGCUCCAUCUGAUGUCCUGACAUUCAUACCGUAUACCGUGGCGAAUGAAGUCAAAGUAACGGACGGGUUUGAGUUCAUAUUGUUGUUGAAUGAUAGUAAUUGGGUAGACCCUUCUGAAAAACUUUCUGAAAAUGUAGAAUGUGCCAUCGUUGGGGAGCAGCUGAGUUUAUCAUUUUUGUACGCUUUUGUGGAUUUUUUACCAUCAACCUUCAAUGUUAGUUACAACUUGAUAGGAGAAAAUGAAAUGGCUAUGAGACUUAAAUAUCCUUCUAACAGUGCAACAUCUUCUUUAUUAGCAGGCUUGUUGAAAAACGCAAAAACUUCUUCGAACGCUAAUGUAUCGCCUCAUGGAACUGUGUCAAAAGCAGAAGGCUGGUUUGAGUCUUGGAGAACAGAAAGAGUUUCAUGUGUAUUUGAUUAUAAGUAUCAUCCUAUAAUAACCGAGUUCAAGCCUACGUUGCCGUACGAUGUUUAUAAAGGAUGGAUGCCACCGAAAAUAGAAAAUCCAUUUGAUCUACCAGUUGAUUUUCUGAAAGUUGUCGUUGACAUAGAAGGAUCAGAGGUUAUGCUCACAGGCCUGCUAAUUAGAUUUUUAAUUGAUCUCAAGAACAAUUAUUUUGGCUAUUAUGACUCGAUGACAAGCAUAGAAUCAGUCGAAGCUGAAUCUUCAAACCUGUUGUCCAUGUUCAAUCGAGUUCCUCCAAAUGCUAUAGCAGAACUUUAUCGGCCCAUGGACGUUGAGUUCGAAUUACGAGUUCAUAACAUUCGAGCCCAAUGUCUUCUCCAUUCACCCUCAACAGAUGAGCCCUGUCCUACAGUUUUCACAGAAGAAAUAGCUGUAGAAAUUAAAAAAAGUUGUAAAGAGACAUUUAUUCAAGUAGGAGUAGGCCCCUGCGUGGCGCAUUUUGAGAGAACAUCUUCCAACCAAUCAGAUGGCUUCCUAACUUUGAGUGGAUUACAGUUCAGGGGGCAUGCUAUGUUCUCUUCGGUGGAUGUUCCAUGGGACAUGUCUAUUUUGGAAUAUGGGUGGAUUAUGGAAAUAAUAAUAGGAGAUAUCAGAGGGAGUUUGAACUUUCCUAAUAAUCUUGUGGCAUUGGAGCAAGUAGUUGAGUCAUUAUUGAUAAUGGCAAUUUCCAAAGAUGAUGCUAUGAUCAUUCCUAAUCGUUUCAAUAUUUGCCAACACGGUCAACUUGUUACAUCAUGUAAGAAAUCUAAGUUUGCAGAUGGAAGAUGUGAUGGAGAAGAAAAAUUAAAAUAUCGCCAACUUCGUUUGUCUGUUGAUAGCGUACAACUAGCAUUAUGUGAAGAAAAGACUAUCAUCCAGGUUGCUGCUGAUCCUAUACGAUUUACUCUCUGCAAUUUGCACGAAGGUAGAUUUGCUGAACAUCUUUGUAUCAGAGUUCCUGAAAUUUCCAUAAAACAAAUUCUCCACGUAAGUAACAAUGAGCAAACUCCAACAUGGCUCCUAGUUAGCAAAGCAACAAUAUCUGGUAUAGUGCUAGACCUCGAGCUUCCCAUCGAUGAAGCUGACAAUCCUGUGGAACUGGCUGGAGAUCGUUUGGAAUUUUUGAGAAAGCACGAUGAGAAAAGCCAUCGGUUGCUUUUCAUCUGGAGCAACCACAGUAAGUGGAGAUGCACUUGCAAUGGAGGAACUUACUUCUUUGGUGAAGUCGACACAAUAGGGAAAGACUUUCUUCGAACUGAUCAUAAGCUAUGUAUACCUGAUAUAGUUACUAAUGGUCAGCCAGGAGUUUUACAAGACCUUCUCCGUCCGACGGAAAUGAUGCUCCAUGCAGAAUCACAUUAUAUCUAUGGGAAUGUCAAAUCAUCAAGACGGAAAGACAGUACGGAUUCUUUCAAAGUAUCUGCGGUGUCAUCCUUGGAUACUGCGUCGUUCCAUUCAACGUUUUCACACCAGCUGGAAGAAUCUUCUCAUUCUCUUCUGGCAACUUAUACUGGUUAUUUAGCAAAAGUAGAUGUUUUCAAAAAAGAUUGUGAGCCUCCCAGUUUUGGAGAACCUGGUGAUAUAGCGUUAUGGGCUCAGAAGCGCAUCAUGUACCUGAAUAUAGCUUGUGAUGGUGUUGACACGCUGAAGAUGAAACCAUCGAAGGCAACAGAAUUUAUCUCGGCUACUCACAAGCAGUUGAACUCGUUAACUGAUCAUAGGCUGAUAAUAACGGGAUCUGCAGCCAAAGCUGUUGAUGUGUUCAUUUCUCCAUUAUCAUUUGAAGCUGCUGAUAUCAUUGUCAAUAGCUGUCUGGACUUUUUACCACAAAUCAAUCCUUUCAUACUGCUCAACUCAAUUUAUAGGGACUGCUUAUUGCGGAGCCAUAAACAACCUUUGACAAAAACACUGUUUCCAUCAGAUAAUGCAUCUCCUUUCGUUUUCGACGUCGCUCUGGAUUUACCGACCGUUCACAUAUCGAUGUUCCAGUGUGGGGUUUAUGAAUACUAUAAUAAACCUUCUCUUGAGAAUAAACGAAUAUCUCCUGUUUCAUCUAACUUGGCUUUCGCGUUUAUUCACGGAGGCAGCAUCAAGUCCAAGCCCAGUCCAUUCGGUCAAAACGUGCAAUCCACCAAUUACACUUUGAAUAUAACGGAAGUUUCUGCUCAACUUCUUCAAGUUCUAUCGAACAAUGAGCAGAGUUUUGUUCCUGAUUUUUCAAGGGUUCAAACACUCAGCCAGGUUGAUUGGGAGAGUUCAUCUAUUGCCAAACGGAUUCAUAACAAAUACCUUUCCCUCGUGUUAGAUUUUGGCAUUCCUGAAAUCAACAUUAUACUCGAGAAGCUGACAAAGAUUAGUAGCAAGAAAAAUCAUCCUAACCUUUCUAAUCAAUCUUCCUUACAAUCAACAAAAGUAUUGGAAGACAAGUUGAAGAUUGAUAUAGGAUCUAUUAAAGCUCUGGUCACUAUGCCAAAGCCGCUUGAUAGGACAUCAAAACAAGAAUUUCCCUUGUAUGAUGUGUUAUCCCCGGCAAUAAACUCAUGGUUGGGUUAUGCUACGAAGCUGGAGAGAAGUCUCAGCCAACUGACAGAUUCAAUGUCUACUUGGAGUGAUAUAUCAAUGAUAAGGAUCAUGAAACUUGCACUGGAAUGUACCGACGAAGCUGUUCUUGGUGGGAAAAACAAAAAUGUAAUGGAACCGGCGAAAGUUUUUGGAAAACAUCAAGCGAGUUGUCCUUCCUGUUUACUUCUCCACAAUCUGAUGAGGUGGUGUUCGUUACCGUCUUCACAAGCUUCGGCUCUGCCUCUCACAUCGUAUAAAGAGUUCCGCGACGUCAAAAGUAGGAAAGUUGCUCUGCAGGCUUUGCUCAGUCAUUGGCAAACUGAUAUUUGUCGAUUAGUAAAACUUGCGUCUACCACUGAUGCUAUGAAGUAUAAAGUAGAACCUAGGGAUACUAAGAAAAGAGAAGUGAGGAUACAAAUAGACGAACAUAAGGAGCAUAGAAGAUCAGAGAGUGGAGUCAGUCGAACUGCUGUGAUGAACGAUUCGACACUGCAAGGAAACGAUGCUAAUGUCACAAAAAAGGCAACGGAAACUGAGUCAAAAAGCAAUCUGUACCAGUGGAUAAUGAAUGCACAUAGAGAGAGAAAUGAAAGAAGAGAAGGUAAAAGCAUGGAGGAGAUCAAUAAGGAUUAUAUCAACCCUAUGGACAUUGUACCUAGAGCUUUUUUCUAUCCCCUAUACAAGUCCUACAAACUUGAUGUCACUCAGUUGGAUAGUGUACCUUUCAAUAACAUGAAAGUUGCUUAUACAGUUAAUAUCAACGGGAUCUAUGCUGAUUUAGUUGAACCUAAGACCAUUACCUCAAGUUCCUGUGCUAGUGAGUUCUCGACAGCUUCAAUCCAUCAUCUGAUGCAAGUAAAACUUCUAUCGGUCAAUGGAGAUUUCGGAUGGAAGACCGAUAUGGACGAAAGGAAUUUGAUUCCUAAGAUUGGUAAAGCAACUUUGAACUAUCGUGGAUCGAUCGAAGAUGUUCAAUUUGUUGUGGCACUCUCUUCUAUUUGCUUGGCGAAAGAAAUAUUUUUGGUUGUUAAAACGGCUUCUGAUAUUUUAGCCAGCAUAAAGCAGGAUACGUUGGAUCAUGAAAGGUUGAUGAAAAAAGAUUCACCCAUGAAUCAAUCAGUGAAAGAUUCAUCUGAGAAUAAUCAAACUUGGGAAGAUAGGGUUAUAGAGCUCACAAACGAUUUCGAGAAAACUAUGACAAGGUCUGGAGAUUUCUCUCAAGGAAAUAUUCUAAUAUCUGUUCACGGUGCCUUGAAUGUAGAUGCUGUGAAAUUGGAAUCUCAAUUAACAGAUCUGUAUAUAUCUUUCGAUAUGAGAACUAUAGAACUGACUCAACAGCAUAAUCCAUCUAAUCGUGAAGCUCACCCGCAAGAAGUUGAUAUUUUGAAAUUUUCUCUGAGGAAAGCGAAGCUUAAUAUUCGUGAGGCAAUCCUUCUGAACGGAAAAAUGCAAGAAAGCAAACCAAUUUUGCAUUGUGGUUUGAAAGAAAGUGUUGCUAAGCUCGACAGGAAGUUGCUCGUACUUGAUGGUAGAGAUCCAAAAAGUGAUACCUCUCUCUUCAUAGCUCUGGGGGCGAUUGAUGGGGAACUACCAAUGGUAGCGAGAAGUUUACACGAUGUUGUUAUGAGACAUGGUCCUGAGCUUGAACAGCAGUUUAACCGUCUCAGUGCCCAGCCUCAUGCUCAUUCCAACAGUGAUACUUUAUUGAAAGUACAGCCAAUUGGCUCUCCUACUGAUUGGGUUCAUUCAAGUACGGAUCGAGUUAUUAUGACAAGACCUACAAUAGCUAGAGUGUCAUUCCAAAUCAGCUUGGACAGUAUCGAGUUGAAAGCUCAGUUAUUACCAAGCUUGAAAGCAACGUAUAAACUUCACAAAGCUACCAGCUCUGGAGAAACAGGAGCUGAAGCCAAGUGGAUGGCGGCCAUCGAAGAUCAUCAUGCUGAGUUUUAUGUAUCAUUGGAUAGUAAGUCAGGAGAUAAUUUCAACCUGGCUCUUCCGUCAGUUUCCGUCAAGGGUCAGUAUCUUGGAGAGGAAAAAUGUAUUGGAGGUACUGCUCCUACCACUGAUAAACAACUCCGUUAUAGACAAGGAGGAUAUUUAAAAAUGGAGGUGCUACUAGGACAAGUCAAUCAUUCCUUCACCACGGAUCUGUUGAAUCAUAUCCUCUUCGCGGAGCAGUCCUUCAGAUCUGAACUGUCUGCUCUCAUUCAACGACUAGGACCUCAAACCCCAUCCUAUCCGGAAACCACGAUUCCUACAACAUCAACAGAAAACAAAAGUUUACUAUUCUUCCUAACAAUCAAAGGACAAGGAGUUCCCUGGUUCCAACUAACCGCUGCAACUCCUUCGUCGACUGCUGUUCGAUUUACAAUUGACAGUUUAGAUACUGAAUUAACCAACCGAUGGGUUGUGAAAGAGGAGGGAUCCACAAGGGAGCGUCUGUUCGGUGCUGCUGUGAUUCAAUUCAAUGCCAAACUUGGUCAGCUAGUUAAGCCAGCUCAGUAUGAAGAAAUUCAAGCUGAGCUCCAGGAGUACGCCACAUUUAUGACUCAGAUUCGUAUCGAGAACAAAGAAAGUUCCAAAAAAACAUACUCCUAUCACAUAUCUUUGAACAGACCGUUUUUCAUGCUUAAAGCUAGUGCGAUCGAUAAGGGAAUUCUACUCUGGUUAAAUUACAAAAAUACUUAUGAUUACUGGAGAGCCGAGAGAACCAAAUUUGAGAGAGCUAGUUCGACCAAACGGAAUAGUAUUCCACAUGCUAUGUUUUCACCCCAGCAAUCUCAAGAUUUUGAUAUUAAUCUUUCUCUAUCCAUAAACAAUGGCAUGUACGUAUGUAUGCCCUUAAUAAGCAAUGAUGUGACAGAAGGAAUGCCGGCUUUAGUUCUCUCAUUACAAAAAUCAGAUGUUACUGUAACGAUAAGGAAAGAGUUGGUUUGUCAAGCUCAGUUCCACGGUUUCAAGUUGAACUUUAUUGACAACUUCGAUGAACGGUCUUUAUCAAGCGUUCAUGAGAAUCGAGGGGAUUCAAACUUCUUCUUCUUCCCUCAAGGUUCCUACCAAUUAUGUUCGAAGGCUUCGAAUGAAUCAGGAGAUGCUCAGUGGAUUUUAAGUGUGCGAUCUAGGAUGCGUGGAAUGAUAAUCGAUUUAGAUCACAGAAUUGGUAAACUCACAAAAAUGUUGGUCAACACCCUCUCUUCUCUUGGUGAGGAUGAUGAAAAUUACAUUGAAGAUUUCCAUUCGGACUACAUAAUGGGUACUGAAGAGCAAUUGAUUGAAGGAGGUGCGGAGUUAUCAAGAAUGGUACCUGAAGACAGAAUUAGAUGGCUGGAGAGAAAAAUGCAUGAGCAAUCCAAGAAAGUAUCUGAUCUAAUGAUGAGAAAGAUGGGAGAGAAGGAGCUGGAAAUAGAACGACGUAAACUGCGACAGUACGAGCUGAUCAGAUUCAAAGAGUUCCGAAGAACUAUGAUUGAAAAAUUGCGUCGUAAGAAUGACAGAGGAAAACGUGCUAGUGCAACUUCGGAAGCACUCGGAGUUCCAUCAAGAGUUUCUUCAACCCACCGUGAGUCGAGCGAUGCCGACAAUCAGAAACAAGGACGGCCUCAGGAUACUGUGAAUAUGCACAUUGAUGUGCAAGUUAGUAUAGAGACUGGAACAUGUACUCUCAAAACAGCACCGAAGCCAGAAACAACUCCAAACACUUUAAUGGUUAAACGACCAUCGGCAAGAGAUUUGAGAGCCAAGAACAUAGGGCAGCCUCCUGUUUCCGUAACAAUGUUCAGCAUUCCCAGUGUUGAUUUGAAAGCUUACUAUGUUUCUAUUGAUAACAUAGAAAACAUAGCAGGAUUUGCUUUUCCAAGAAAACUGUCAGCUCAACCAUCCAAUGCCAACGAAAGAACAUUGAAAAGGGGAUGUAUAUAUCUUUCCGUCGCUCUCUCAUCGAUGCCUUCAGAAACUGUCGUCACUCCCCAUCUUGCUGAUUAUGUUGAACAGGUUUUGGAACCUCUACCAGUUUUCACAGAAAUGAGGGCUGAAUCAAUGGAGUCAUUAGGAGACUCUCCAGAAACCAUGAACAAUAUUGUAGGAAUUGAUACAAGUGUUCUUCCCAUAGACGUCUUAUUCUAUCUCACAGUUCAAAGUAGUACUAUAAGAUUCGAUGGACAGCAACAAAAGAGUUCAGCAGCUGAUUGUCUGUUAAAAUUACCAUGCUUAACUUUAAUGGCUUCAACAAGACGCACUGAAGGGGAUGAGUAUUUAGGAGGAGUUGAUAUUUCAGUCACGCUAAGUGCUUUCUCCUUGAGCAUAUACAGCCCUCAUCAGCAAUCAACAUCUCGGGACGCUUUAGCUGUUACCUUAGAUCACCUUUCGCUUGUAAUUUCUAGGAGUAAAAAUGCUUCGAGCGAACCGGAUAAUCGCGUUCGGUUCGUACUAACUUCAAACAUCGGAGCUGCCAAUUUCACGUAUGAUAUUUGGAGACUGAGUGAACUGUUACAGUUCCCUAAGCCAUGGUAUCGUCGAGCGAUUGCCAGGAGAAUAUUCUUUGGAGAUCAAGCUGCUCCAGGAAGAGACAAUGUUCCAAGCAGACCUUCAACAAUCGCCAGUCAGAACUAUGUACAACAACCACGAUCGGCAAUCCAAGAGAAGCCUUGGUAUGCAUCCGUGUUGCUAGCGAUACAAUGGAAAGAAUUGAAUGUGAAUGGUCAGAUGUCAAACACGAUGGGAAGUACUAGUUGGAAAGCAAGAAAAGGCUUACUGAGAUCUUUUGCGAAAUUGAAUUACAAGCACGAAAGGGACAUCACUGUCACAUUCUUGUUGGAUUCGAGUGAGCUGAUAGCUCAUGGAGGAGCGAUAAGUGGAGAAAUAGCUCUGUCUCAACUAUUACUUUCUGCUACGCAUAAACGACUGGAGAAGGGUAUUCCACGAAACAAACUACAUUUUGAGUUGCUCUCUUUGAGCACGAGAAUUGAAUGGAUGAGUCGUGCGGUUUUGAUUAGUCGGAUUGAUCAUCCUAGAAUUAUUCUGGGAGAUGACAUUAUCGAAACUAACCAUCCUGAAAAAGGAAGUGAAGUUGCAGUCCUCCUUAAUAUCAAUGGAUCAUGGAGAGAUCUACAAAUUGUUAUUAAUAAGAACACAAUUGAUGACUUCAUGAAGAUUGUGAAUAAGCUUCAAACGUUCUUCCAUGAACAAUUGAGAAGCUCGCGCCGAGCAUGGGUUUUCGCCGAUGAUGAUGCUGGUACAACUUCUCACACAAAGGAGACAACAGAUACCGUGACAGACACAGAGAAAGAAGUUUUGUUUACUGAUCAUUGGGAGAAGGUACUCGAUUUGGUCACAGAAAUACAGUACAACUUGAAACUGAUUCCUCUUCCAAUGAAUGGGCAAACUGUUGUCGGAGGAGCUGUUCAGUUGGAUGCAGGUCGUUUAUCUAUUGCGUGCAUGCACGGAGAGAUGAAUGCUAAUAGUUGGGCUGUUUUCCACCUUAAAGAACUCUCAAUUCUAUUCAAGCCGAACGCCAAGUUCAAAUAUACUAACGAGGAACAAAACACACUAGGUGUCGCCGUCAAUCAAAGACUGAUUAUAAGCCUCGGGGAGUCCUCCGACUGCGGUACGGAGAGAACAGAAAAUAUGGCUAAUGUCUGUCGAGUACAGCUCACAAGAAACUUAUUACGUCAAAAUUCCAGCAUCAAAGCAUCUUUAGACUAUAUUAUCGGAGAUGUUCUCAAGAUCGUUAAACCAUCAGCAGAUCCUACAGAGGCCACAUCCACAACGAACAAAUCUCAACACAAUGUGUUAGAGUUAUUCCAAUUUCCAGCUUUGAAAGCUUUAUUAACUUCUUUACAAUGCAACGAAUGUGACAUGUCUUCUGAUACUCCUGUGAAACCAGAGGUGCUAUCAUCCUUCGUCUGCGAGUUUUAUAACCUAGUUUAUGUACAAACUGACUUCAGUGCUCAAGUUAGCUUCCUACCAGAAUUGCUCAAGAGUUACAUUAAUGCGACGGCUAACCAAAACGUGACUGGUCCUGAAACACCAACGAAAAAAUAUGAUAAUAGAGAUUAUAAAUGUGAAAAAUGGGAAGUUAAUCCAAAAAUUGGUUUCAUUGAUCGCACGAAAUGGAAUCCCCCGCUCGUGGAUGAUAUUUUGAGGAAAUUACAAAUAUUCGAUCAUCGAACAACCAUUCCCAAGGCUCUUCAAAGAGCUGUUCUUGAUCCAUUAGAUGCAACAUUGGCCAUCGGUAUUGCUCAAAUGUUCAAAUUAGUUCACAGAGGUGUCGAAGACGAGCUGUCCAAUAAAAACGAUGGGAGAUGA